UUAAGAUUCAUUGAUAUGGUACAUUCACACAAACUGCAGUUAGCAUAGUUGGUUGAUGUAAAAAAUAUAGUUCAUUUUAUACUAGAGAUUGUGGUUGUCUGCAGUGAUCAGUUAAUGAGCUGUUGUGAUCAUCAUUGUGCUCUACAAGAUCAUCAAGAAUUCAGCAAAGACCUGAACCUGGUCUGAUCUGUUCUGGCCAGUUUGUGGAACAACAUGACUGAGGACAUUUACAACUACACAUAUGACUAUGAAGACCAGUUGUGUCGCAAAGAGGAGGUGGUAAAGGUCGGAUCUAUUGUCAUUCCACUCUUUUUCACAGCACUGGUUGUAUUGAGCUGCAUUGGCAACAUCUUUGUUCUGGUUUUCCUUGCACUCUGCAAAAAGUUCAGGUGCCUGACCAAUGUCUUCAUCCUCAAUUUAGCUGUGUCAGAUCUGCUGUUCACUAUUGGACUUCCAUUUUGGGCCUCGUACUAUGUCUGGGGUUGGACAUUUGGAGAUGCUGGCUGUAAAGCUGUGAAGUUUCUCUUCUAUUUGGGCUUUUACAGCAGCGUGUUGUUCUUGACUCUAAUGACCGUUCAGCGUUACAUGGCAGUGGUUCAUCCUCUGUCCGACUGGAAGAGAUGCAGAGGCCUUUCUUUAUCUCCUUUUAUCGUUUGGAUCCUGAGUGUAACGGUUGCACUGCUUAGUUCAUUUCAUAGUGAAGUCUUGAUAGAAUCCGGCAGCCUAUACUGUGAAUAUGACAGCAUUAAAUGGAAAACUGGCAUUGCUUAUUUUCAAAAUGUUUUUUUCUUCAUUGCAUUUGUGAUAAUGGGUUACUGCUAUGGCAGAAUGCUUCGGACGAUCACAAAAUCUAAGAAGAGUCACAAGUUUGUUAGACUAAUAUUUUUUAUCGUGCUGGUGUUUUUUAUCGGUUGGGCUCCAUAUAACAUUGUCAUGUUCUUAAAAUCUUUGACAAUCCAUCCAUUCACAGACUGUGAAGUAAGCAUAAGACUUGACUACGCAUAUUAUGCUUGCCGAAUGUUAGCUUUCUCACACUGUUGCAUAAACCCAGUGAUUUUUGUUUUUGUAGAUCCAAAGUUUUACGAAAAACUUCAAGGAGGUUUUGUUUUGUGUAAAGUAUGAAUAAAUAUAAAUUUGUAUUUUUGUUACAAACAAUAUAAUAGCAACUUGAGAGAAAAUACACUUUAAAAGUGCUUAACAGGAUAGUUCACACGAAAAAGAAAAAUCGCUAAAAAAAUAUACUCACCCUCGGGCCAUCCAAGAAGAUUGUAGUUUGUAGUAGUAGUAGUAGUAUGUUUCUUCAAAAGAGCAGAUUUGGAGAGUUUUUAGCAUCACAUCACUUGAUCAACAAUAGAUGUUCUGCAGUGAAUGGGUGCCAUCAGAAUGAUAGUCCAAAUAGCUGAUUAGAAACAUCACAAUAAUCCAGUGAAUAAAUCAUCCUGUCUGAAUCAGGAGAGAAAUAUUAACAGAUCAAGCACAGUUUACAAGCAAAAAUGGUCCAAAACAGCCCUAAACUAAUAUGUCUGUGAGAGAUGUUUUUCACUAGAGGAAGCGUUAUCAUGGAUUAUGGUCAGUCGUGAUGGUUUAAAGUUAAAACGUCUAAAUGAUAGCUUUGCUUCUUACAAAAACACAGCUUUUUACUUCACAAGAUGGACUGGAGUGGUGUGGAUAACUUGUGGAUUAUUGUGAUGUUUUUAUCAGCUGUUUGAACUCUCGUUUUGAUGGCACCCAUUCACUGCCGAGGACUGAAGUGAUGAAAAGUUAAAUUUCUCCAAAUCUGUUCCGUAGAAGAAUUAAACUCAUCUACAUCUUGGAUGUCCCAGAGGUGGGUACAUUUUCAGCAAUUUCUAAUUUUUGUGUGAAUUAUUCAUUUAAAAAUCUGUAAGAAAACAAACAAUGAAGAUUGAAGUAUCUGUCUGCACAUGGGGUCAUCAUAUUAAACUAAUUACAAAGAACACCUGAAACAAAAAUGUUCAGUGCUAUAUAUCUGUUUAAAAGCAUGUUCUAAUUUGAAUGCACAAAAGAAUGAAGGCAAUAUUUCAAGGAAAAUAUGUUGUGAAUGAUGUGUUGUAAACUUCUCAGAUACUCCCACCUAAAAUUACUGUAAAAUAAACCAUGACAACUGUUAGUGAAAAUGCAGAUUAUGCAGUUUUGUUUUUGUGCAGUGAAAUAUGUCAAAUGUAACCAUGACUGGAAGUUGACUGUUUUUCUUUCACGUGACAAAGUGUAAAUUGUGGUCUGUGGAAGGAAGCACAGCAUCAUCAUUGACCUAUUUAAACAGGAAAAUGGAAGAUUUGAGAUCAUACCAAACUUAUUUCUUGCAUCUAAUUUUUAGACAGGUAAAUAUCAACAAUAUUAGUAUGUUUUUAGAAUACAUACUGAACAUGAGAUGCCAAGAUCUUAUCGCUUUUA